UCUGACCAGUUGUUCGCUUCUAGUCAAGUUUUCAUAUGAAUCAGUAUAUUGCUAGAGUUGGUGAGCGAUUCAACGCCGUGACGCAGAAAAAAGUUACGCUUUACGACGUGGUUUGUUUGAAAAAAUCUUUAAAAUAAAUCAAGUAGAUACAAGCAAUAAGAAUAAACGUCCCUAUUGCGAAUAACAUACAUAUCUAUAAAGAACAUUAUUCGUAAAAUAAUUUGUUCACAUAAAUGGAGGAAGAAAUACACAGUUGCGAAGAGGAGCAAAUGGUGGAGGACGAUGGUCAUGAGUACACAGGCCCUGGCGAACAGGAGGUAGAAAAGCCGACCAAAGACGAAUACAAGGUCGCCAAAUGGAUGAAAAAGAACGUAAAAACAAAGAAAACCAAAUUUCUCAGCCACAAUGUGGAGUAUUUCUCCUCGAAUAAGGCCAUUGAUGCAUUGAUGAAGUCAAAGUUCGCCACCGGCGAUGAUGCACUUUUCACCACACGUGAACAGGCCAUUGAAUUUUUGGAUGCCAUGUUGGAGCAUAAAUUUUUCCAUCGCGCCAAAAAAGUGCCUGUCUCCCUGGAUGAAAUGCGUGGUGCUGGCAGCGCUGCCGGUAGCAAAACAACGAAAAACAAAGCUGAUGAAAAAGAGCAUAAGAACAUUGGUAAAAAAGAAAAGGAAGAGAAGAAAGAUACUGAAGCUGAGGGUGAAGCAAGCGGUGGCAAUGGCGCUGGUGAUGGCAAUAACAGCGCCGGUGCUGGCAACGGCGGCGAGAAGAAGGAGAAACGCAAGCGUAAGAUCCGGCUGGAUAUGCAUCAUGAACAGGUAUUUGUGGACGGCUCUGAGGCAUAUGUUUGGAUUUUCGACCCCAUCCCAUUACACUAUUGGAUCUAUGGCCUGAUAUUGCUAUUGGGCGCUAUUGUGAUUUGCCUGUUCCCGCUAUGGCCACCGCUAUUGCGCAAAGGAGUCUACUACCUUUCAGUAGCGGCCGCUGGAUUCCUUGUAGUUAUUUUAGCGCUGACGGUGAUACGCCUCAUCAUCUUCACAAUUGUUUGGGCUUUGACUUAUGGAAAAGUGCAUUUCUGGCUGCUGCCGAAUUUGACCGAGGAUGUGGGAUUCUUUGCCUCAUUUUGGCCACUCUACGAGACUAAAUAUGUGACCGAAGAUGAAAAAUCGAAAAGCGCCGAAAAGCGUUCCAAAUCGAAGUCUAAGAAGAAGGACAAGGACAGCGAUGCAGAGGAUGACACUGCCCCCGAAGCGAUACCACUGGAACCGGAAAAGAUUGAAGAGGUGAAGGAGCACGAUGCUGAGAUCGAAUUGCGGCGUCGCAAUGUCGCACAAUCGGCGGCUAGUGCCAACUCAGUAGCCGCUGAAAAUGAGUCGCAGAGCAGUGUCGGCAGUGGCGGUGACAAUAGCGAAGUGGCCGCAGUGUCGGACGCUAAAGGCUCACACACUCCAUCAGAAUCUGAAUCGGAAAUCUCUGGCAAAGAUCAAUUCGAGAUCAUUAGUUCGAGUGAAGUGCAAAAUACAAAAAAUAUACACUAUUAAGCUGAUAAACAAAAUAUUGAAUGAGUUCUUUUGUUUAGUUUGGCCACAAAUGCAGGCACCGAAAUAGGAGAAAUAUAUCUACAUGCAUACAUAUUAUGUUAACGAAAAAUAAGUGCAUACAUAUAAAGUAAGUAAAUGAAAAUAUCCGAAGCAAAAUAUCGUUAAAAUUUAGAAAAUAAAAAAUUAGGUGAAUGCAAACUAAAAUUGGAACGAAAUAGCUAUUCUGUUGCAAAAUGAAAAUAAAAUGCGCAAUCGAAUUGAAAAUGCUAAACAAAUAUAUAAUUUACUGCAAUUCUAGUUUUUGAAUACAUUGCAAAUAUUUUGUUAACAAAUAAAAUAACAAGAGCAGCAAAAGAAAAAGAACUUAGCUUUCAAUAGCAAAAUGGAGCUUAUGCAUUUUGAGCGCUUUGGGGUAGUAGUUUUAAACACAGCUAUUGUAUCUGCAAUAUUAACGACUGUAGUAGCACUGCAUAAUUUCGUGUAGGGAGUUUUUGAAAUUUAUUUGUUUUACUAUUUAAGCAAAUUUGUUGCAUUUGAAAAUUUUACAAAUAUACAUUUUAAGGUAAUUCACAACAAAUGCUGCAUAAUUAUUUGCAUUAACGAAAAAUAAAACGAAUGCAGAAAUUCUCAUAAGAAUUUGAAAUAAUCAAACAUCAUUUAACUAAGUAAAUUGGUCGUAGCUUAGAGUGGUUGCAUGUUGCAAUAAAAAAAAAAAAAAUAACAAUAAUAAAAUAAUUGCUUACAAUUGUGGGCAAAGCAAUUUUAACAAAAUGUAAUGUAAAAAAGUUAAGAAUUUUAAGUGAAGCUGCUAAAGUUUUUUAUUAACAAACUUUCAUGCAUAGUGAUAAUACUAUAGUUUUCAAAGUUGGUCUUCUGUACGUGCAAAAUGUGGCCAAUACAUAUGAGAUUUGCUGUGUUUUUUUUUUUUUUUUAUUUAAGUUUAAAAAAGAAGAUUCCAUGUUACAAUUUAAGCAUAAAGCUUUUUCUGGACUGUUACGUACAUAUGUAUGUAUGUUACUAACAUACUCUUAUUUGCUUAUCUAAGUUUUUGAAAUUUACAUUUAUAUGUGUAUCAAAAUUAAAAAAAGAAAAAAAUUUGGAAUAAAAAUAUUUAAAGAAAACAUAAUUUCUUUUGCAUAACAAUUACUAAUAUAGAAAUCAAAAAUGUAUACAUACAUAUAAAACUAGUAUAUAUGUACAUAUGUACAUCUACAUACAUAUAUUAGUAUAUAUAAGGUAUACAUCAAUUAUGUAUAAAAAGAAAUACAAGAAUUGUGUUACAACUUAAUUCGUAGUGUAAAACAUUGAAUUAUUUUAAAUUUAAUAGCUUAAAUACAAAAAAAAAUUUGAGCGCUAACAAAAAUCUUUUUUAUUUUUUUUUUUGAUUUUCAAAAAAACAAAACCAAAAAACGAAUAUCAGUGUGCGUAAGAGGUGCAAGAGAGGGCACGAAACUUAUGAUUCAUAAAUAAAUAAAAUUACAUUAUUGUAAAACAAUGUUCUGCA